AUGGUAGAUCCUGCUAAGGAAGUGGCGUUUGGAGCAGCCGCUGGGUGUGUGGGAAAGCUUAUAGAGUUUCCGUUUGACACGGUGAAAGUGAGGCUACAACUGGCUUCCAGCAGGCUCCUGACGUUGCAGGUUGUGGGGUCGACUUUUCGAAACGAAGGUCUCAUCAACGGCUUCUACAAGGGCAUCCGAGCUCCAAUGGUUGGAGCUUGCAUGGAAAACGCUGUGCUUUUUUCUGCAUUCCAGUACGGCCAGGAGAUCGUCAAGAAAACGACCAAUUGGGAACGCAACGGUCUUCCUGCGGUGUGUGCUUCAGGUGCUUUUUCAGGUUUUGCUGCUUCUUUCGUUUUGACCCCCGUGGAGCUUGUCAAAUGCAAAUUGCAGGUUCUGAAUUUACACACGCAUUCGAAAACGGCGUCGUACGGGUCCGUCGUGGCCAGAAUCAUGCAGAACGAGGGUCUUUUUGGACUCUGGCAUGGUCUAGGUUCUACACUUCUUCGAGAAAUGGCCGGAACCGCCGUGUGGUUUGCCACGUACGAAGAAUCGCUAGUUGCACUUAAAAAGACGUAUCCAGCGGCUGAAAACACAAAUUGCUUGCUUUCGGGCGCCGCUGCUGGGUUCAUGUUCAAUUUAUCCAUUUUUCCAGUCGACACUGUCAAGCUGAUGAUCCAGACUCACGAUGUGACGCUGCCAGCGCUGGAAAAACUCAAAAUCAGCCAGGCGGUGGCGGCGUUGAUGUCCAGAAAAGGCGGCAUCACCAACUUUUACAACGGUCUAUCCAUCACAUUGAUCCGUUCGAUUCCAGCCAACGCCGUCAUUUUUUACGUCUACGAGUACCUCAAGACCAAUUUCUAG